CCGGAGGCCUAAUAAAAUCAAACCGAACCUUAAGCCGAAAAAAGAAUUAGCUGAAAAUGGAAAAUGUUGAGCUGACAUAAUCUUUAGUCUUAUCCAAAUUUGAAUUGUUUACAGUUAAAGGUUUCGAGUUGUAAUAAGAAAUAAUAAUCGAUUGGUAUUUAAUUUUCUUUACUUUUUAGUAUUAAAGGAACAAAUCAAAUAUGGACAAUCGGAAGCCAAUGAGAAUUUGUAACUUGUGUUUCUAUCAUGAGGAUAAAUCAUCUCGCAAUUUUUCUCGACAUGCAACCAAAAUUCAUGGUGGAAUCACAGAUUAUAGGAUAGAGUAUUUAGAUGAGGAUGAAUUACAAGAAUUGCGAGCAAAAUGGGCUCUUUUCAAGAUAAAUCGUUACAGAAAUGUGGUAGUCACCGAUUAACUCCUCAUCAACAACUACACCAUCUACUUCAUCCUCAUCUUCAUCAUCGGCAUCAAUUUCCAUUUCACCAUCUACAUCAGCAUCUAUAUUAUCCCAACAUUCGCGACAACAAUCACGUCAACAUUCACGCCAAUCACAACAUCAACAACACAAUCACCAAGACCACAUUCAUCAUCAAUUACUAUUACAACAGCAACAACACCAAAACCAAAACCAACAACAAUCACAGCAACAGCAACAACAACUGAUACUACAACCUUCAUCAAUUCAUCAUGUAGACCCUAAAUCAUACAGGUAUCAACAACAAACCAUUGACAAUUUAUCACCUCACCAACUACAUCGGGCAUUGAAAAAGCAAAAUGCAAAAUAUAAUGUUGUCAACCUACUAUUCAAUUCAAGGGAAACAAAUGAAGCAUUUUUCUCACAACUAAUCAACUCCUGAAUUGAACCAAUUCAAUCAAAAAAAAGCCCACCAACACACAUGAUGAGUUUAAAAAUACUAAGACAAUGUUUUUUGUACAAUAAUAAUAAUAAUAAAAUCCAAUAAUAUUAAAGGAAAAAGAUAUGAAUCAACAUCAAAUGAUAACAGUCACAUCCUUGUAAUGAUUGCAGAUGAAAACAAUCAAAUAACACUAAUGAAUCAUUAGUAAUGAUUAAAACGAUGAAGAUGAAGAUGAUAAAGAUACGCUUUUACUACACAUGGUCAAGUAAAUUUACAAUUUAUUAAUUGUUUAAUUUAGUGUUUUAUUAUUAUUGAACAAUGGAAGUGAUUACCAAUAAGAUUGAGAAUCUUUUCUCAGGAGGUUAUCAUGAACCUCGAGUAUCUGAUUACUUUUUAAUCAAUCAUCCAAAAUGGCACAUUGCUACUUUCUUGUCAAUCUAUUUGUUAAUUGCUGCUAAAUUAGGUUCGAUUUUAGGUUCAACGGGAAAGUCAUACAAUUUACGACCUUGGAUGUUGGUCUUAAAUGGACUUAACUUUGGUGUUUACGGUAUUGCGAUACCAAUUAUCGGAUGGUUGACAAAUUUUGGUGUCACUUGUUGGGCUUGUACCGAGCCCAAAGACGGUGCUUUCAUUGAGGAAACUUUAUUACGUCUUAGUUACACUUACCUGUGGAUGAAAAUGGCCGAUAUGAUGUCCACUCUUGUCAUGAUUUUAAGAGCUAAACCAGGCCAAAAGCCGAUCCUUCAUGCCCUGAGAAACUCUUGUCUCAUUUUAGUUGUUUACUUUGGCCUUCGCAUGUACGCUAGAGGCUCAUUCCUAUUUCUACCCUUUACCGAUGACAUUUUAUCGAUAUUAUAGUCGACUUUGAGUCGAGCAAAAUGAAGUUGAAUUUAGAGUCAUAUCGUCCAGUCAAGUGUACCAACUGAUAGAUUUUCUGAUUUUGACUUUAGAAUAAAAAGUUUCAGUUAGCCCCAAAGAAAACUGAAAAUGCAGUUUUCAAAGAGAAAUGUUUGUACGAGCCUCGUACUACGAGACUUAUGCAAAACUUUUUUUCUGUUUGGAUUCAAUUAAUUGCUGCAAUUUAGAUGACAAGUGAAUCGAU